GUUUCACGUUUUGUAUCAGUUUUAGUGAGAUGUCGCUAGUAGCAACACAGAUAAAACACAUUUAACCUCCACGAAAACCAAACAUGUGGAGUCUACACGCAAGUACUCUUAAAAUCACUUCAAAAUUACAUUUUAUUGAAUUAUAAGAUGCCCGUGGGCAAUAGAAGAAUACUCCGUGCAACGCGACACGUCCCCUCAUCGAUUCCACUCAUCCCUGCGGAUGGAACACACAGCAGUUCACGAUAUUCACCGCUUGGCGCACCUACAAUACCCACUUUACCUGGUUUAGAACAUCCUAAACCACCUAAACACAUACCUUUCCCUAAUACACCAACAGAAAACAAUGUAUUAUUCGAGGUGAUGAUAUUUACAUUCAGUUUGGUUGCUGCUGGUCUGCAGUUUUUGAAUUUGUAUCGAACUGUGUGGUGGUUGCCACAUUCAUAUACAAAUCAAACAAUGAACUUUUAUUUGAUUGAUAUCAAUCUGGUUGUAUUGAUAGUCGUGAUUCUAAGCAGACGCAUCGUCUACUUGCUUGGAACCAACCUAAUUCAUCUCAUCAUGCAGUCGCAGAUGCAUGGUGUGAGCAAAAUGUGUUUCCGUGUGUUUUUAUUCGGCACACUGUGUUCCACCAUCAGCUGGUGUGCGUAUUACACCGUGCAGAAUCAUCCAAUCGUUAAUAUUGUGUUUUUAUGUUAUCCAAUCACUGUUUAUUUAAUAUUAUUCGGUUUUACGAUCUCGCCGAUCUUCGAGUUGAGCACAACUUCGAACAACGUGCAAAUCCACGCGUGUACUUCAUGUCCCAUUCAAAUCCGUGAAGAAGUUGAUAAUUUACGAGGGAAUUUCAACAGGAGGAUGAAGCAUAUCUUGUUUAAUUCCACUGUGAAUGCUUAUUAUGCUGGAUUUAUUCCUUGUUGUUUCUCACAGAAUUAUUUGUAUUACGAUGCAUUCUGGUCGACUGCACACGUAAUCUUCGUCUUCAUGUCGUGUUUCUUCGCCUAUGCGAUGCAUUUACUCCCGUUGAAGUUCUGUGAUGUUUUGCAUCGUGCUACAUUACACUUAGGGUCAUGGAGUAGGGUGGAAACACGUUCGGUGUUAACUCUACCGUAUGCUUGGCAGGAUGAUGUUAUUUGGCCUGUUUCUGCCCUGGUGAAACAUGGUAAGGAUAUUUAUCGUGCGCAGUCGGAGACGAAUGCUGCUGAGCCGGGGAAUCAUACUUAUGGACGUUUUUAUAGAAUAUUUAAGAACCCUUCAAGGUCGCUGGGUAUCAUGUUGUUGGUGCACAUCACUGUUGUGUUCAUCCAGCUCGGGAUAUUGAUGUUUUUCUGCUCGUAUUGGCACCACAUCAUUUCCAUCGCGUUUCUGGUGUUUUUCAACUACUAUACGUUGUAUAAGAUGUUCAGGGACUUCCUGGUAAGUCAGAAGAUCUACAGGAUGGAGGAGGGUGCUUUGAAAGUCAAGUCUGUGAGUUAAAUAUACGUAUUUAUUAUCAAAAUAAAUGUUUUGUUUUGUA